UCCUACAUUAUUAAAAGAAGUGAACUGUGAACUAUCUUAUUUAUGAUGUCUUGUUUAUUGGGAUACAACACAGCCGUAACCAUCUGGGUUACAGUAUUAUAGACUAUUUUAACAGAAUUAUACUUUAACUGCAUGUACUUUAACAUGUAAAACUUAAUACACUAGAGUAUCAAAAUUGGCGACAGGUUCAUUGUCUAAUGUUGUGAAACGUUGGCCUUUGGUUGAAAAGUUUUAUCGCACAUCUUGUGUUUGAAUUCAUCUGUGUUUCAGUGUUAAUUUUAACUUCUUAGUUUGAUAAACUUUUGGAACUAGCUUUAUUUCUUUCAUAUUUCACAAGAAAUAUACUUGAACGAUUUGAAAAAAAAGGUUUUAACAUUAUAAACAGUAACAAAAUGGCAACAGAUUCAUUGUCUUCGGUUCCAAAACGUUUGCGUAUGGUUGGAGACUUUUCUUGCACACGUUGUUUAGAGCAGAAUCUUACGGAAUCUGCAGACAUUUAUUGUGAAAAAUGUGAAGGGUUUUAUUGUAAAAAAUGUGUUAUCCUGCAUAGUCAGUUUUUUACAAAACAUAUGACAUGUGGAAGGGAGGAUAUUAAGAAAUGGCCAGUUUCUAAGGCAGUGGAAGAUUUUCUCAGGAAGUGUGAGGUGCAUGAGGAUGAAACACUGACACAGUUUUGCUAUGACCACCGUCAGCUGUGCUGCUCUACAUGUGUUGGAACAAUUCACAGCCAGUGCAGUAAAGUGACCCAGAUUUUGGAGCUGACCAACACGCAGCCCUCAGGCCCAGAGGGGCUCUCAGUGGAACUGGAAACUGUCCUGGGGGAAAUUAAAACCCUGCAGAUCAGUAAGGAGGCCAGCAUUCAGUCAUUGCAGAGAACAUACAAUGAACAUAGGGAAGUUAUGAUAGAGCAAAUGUGUGGCAAUUUAAAUACUUAUAUAGAUGAAUGUGAUAAUAAUUCUGUGGGUACAUCAGGCGGAAAUGAGCAAUAUUUAAAAGAAGAGAUAUGUAGGAAUGUUGUUUCUAUCGUGAAUGAAUUUGAUAAUAUUACUGCGAAGGAACUUAACGAGAUGAAAGAUGAAGUUAUAAGCAUUAAAGGGUCAGUUACAAGUUCUAUUCAUAAAUGCACCAGUCUUCACAAUGACUUGUCACAAUUCCAUGAAAUUGUUAAGAAAAUUGGAGAUAAUAAGGAGCUCUGCCUUAUAGCCAGCAUAAAAUGUAAGCAUAUAAUACAGCAGGCACUGACUCUGCUGGGAAAGUCAGGCAAGGCGUUUAAUGUCCAGAGUAAUACUAAGCACAAUGUGAGAAUACCAAGUGAUUCAGAUGUAUGUUGUAUCAGUGGCAUAUGUGUUCUGACUGAUGGGCAGGUGCUGGUCGCAGACUGGGAGAAUAAGAGGUGCAAGCUGCUGAACCAGCAGUACCAGGUGGUGAGUCACUGUGAUGUGACUGAAUAUGUAUGGGACAUGUGUCAGAUCACACCCAGUGAGGUUGCGGUGGCUCUGGAUGAUAAUGCUAGCAACACACAUAAUGUCCAGUUUAUUACAGUCACCCAGAGCCAGCUCACUCUUGGUAGGAAGCUUGAGUUACAACAUACAUGUAUAGGUAUUGACCACCACGAGGGUGAACUGUUUAUCUGCUCUGGUACUGCUCUGUUCAAGUACACACUGAGUGGCAAACAGGUCUGCAGACUCUAUGAAGAUGCUUAUGACACAGUAUACAAGUGUGCUGUGAGUCCCACAGGAGACAGGCUGUACAUCACCAGCAGAUACAGGCAGCAGAAGCUUCUCACCCUGGCCAGGGAUGGCACACUCCUGGCUACAUACACAGACCCAGCACCAGAUAGCCUAUCUGGUCUCCAUGUGACGCCUGCAGGCCAGGCGCUGGUCUGUGGAAACCGGCCCAACACUGUACUACAGGUGGGCUGGGAGGGAGAGAGUAAGCUGGCUAAUCUUGCUACUCAGAAGGAUGGAGUGUGGUACCCACAGUCAGUCUGCUACAGCAGCUCCACAUCAUCCAUCAUUGUGGGACAGCUGGGGGACAACAUCCUGGUGUUCAGAGUGGAAUAGUGUGUACAUUCGCUGCUGAGUCAGGACAAGGAUGCUGAGGAUGUGGUGGACAAGGAUGACCUGAAUACACAGAAGUAUACAAGUGUGCUGUGAGUCCCACAGGAGACAGGCUGUACAUCACCAGCUGCUACAAGCUUCUCACCCUGGCCAGGGAUGGCACACUCCUGGCUACAUACACAGACCCAGCACUAGGGCUCCCAUCUGGUCUACAUGUGACCCCUGCAGGCCAGGUGCUGGUCUGUGGACACUGGCCCCCCACUGUACUACAGGUGGGCUGGGAGGGGAAGAGUAAGCUGGCUAAUCUUGCUGCUCAUGAGGAUGGAGUGUGGGACCCAUUGUCAGUCUGCUACAGCAGCACCACAUCAUCCAUCAUUGUGGGACAAUAUAAUGACAACAUCCUGGUGUUCAGAGUGGAAUAGUGUGUACAUUCGCUGCUGAGUCAGGACAAGGAUGCUGAGGAUGUGGUGGACAAGGAUGACCUGAAUACACAGAAGCUACUGCUCAGCAAAGAAUACAACUGUCUGGUGAAAGGCUCGACCGUAUCAAAGUCCAGUGAUGUCGGGGUAUGUGGCCGUUCCAUGUUUGGGGUUUGCAUUUUAGCCGACACUAACAAGGGAGAGAACUGAAGAUCUGCACCUGCAAAGAGCACCAGCCUUGAUAUAGAGUUGGUACGGCAACGACACAAGUCGGGCCCGCUGGAGCCCCAGUCAAGCACGACCCCUCCCCUGACCCCUAGCUCCUCCCAUUUGACCUCCGGCAUCAAAGAGUCAGCAUUGUUUAACAAUUCCAUCCCAUAGCAAUUUCUGAGCACAUAGAGUGUUUGUACAUUUUUCUCAACAAGCGCAAUGUCCGUGUUGAGUCUGCACUUGAGCCCUGAUUGGUUUGAUAGACUCAAGUGCCGGAGGUGGUAGAAGUGUUACAGACAUAAAAAGGUAUUGCAGCAGUUAUGGUAACACUAACAGUCAGCUCUCGCUGUUUGACAUUAAAUUGAAUAUUACGAAAAAAUACAAAGCUGGAUAACUCAUUCCAUUCUUUUUGGGACAAACAGACCUGCAGCAAGGAACAGGAAAAAAUCACGGGAAUGUUUGAAGAGUUUAAGUCAGAAGUGUAAGCUUUCCACCGGGGAUACUCCUGGAUGGUCUAAACUUAAGGGACAGUCCAGGUUUGUCCUCUCAGGUGUCCAAACUGUCCAAAGAGAAUGCAUUUAUUUUUGACGCAGUUGCUAACAAAGAAAGGCAGUACCAACUUCGUUGUGAAGAGUCAAGCAUGGUACAUCCCUGGGGCAUGCCUCAGAUGGGAAUUCCAUCUGCAACAAGGUGCUAUAGGUGAACCCAUCAGAGUGUGUUACUAACCACUUCAAGACCAAACAGCCUCACAUUGAUUCGACGAUAAAGAAGGCGUUGAAAAAUGACAGCAGUUUUGAUGUGUCAUCCAGUUUGCUCUUCGACUCUCAACCCAACGUUAGUUAGAACGCAAACUCAGCAUUUAGCGUUAUCAGCGAGGCUCGAAGGUCAUCUCUGCUUCUUAAGCUUCAGAUAAAAUUAUAAGCCAACAAGACGAACAUCGUUGAAUCAUUUCGCACAUAUACUAAAACUCGCUUAAGAAAUUCAGCACGUCACUUAUGAACAUCUUCUCGCAAGGCGGCUACAUCAGCACUUCCAAUAGCUGAGCCUUGGUGAGUUCCACUCCUGUCCCGAUGAGUCGCUCGAGGUGAAACAAUCUGAUCCACAGAUAGAGCAGACGCUGAGUGACUCGUCUGUUAACGUGACUGACCUCCAUAUGUUGCUCUCUAAUAUUGUGCCUGAGGAGCAGUGUUGGCCUACAUUCCCUGUUCAGGGCGGUGACUUUGGCGUCAAGACUCACACAAUCUCUGUCUAUGGCCCUGUCGCAGCAGCAGCAGCAACAAAAACAGGAAGUAUUUCAGCUGCACUCUGGGAAAACAGGGCUUAAUGCAUGUGCCUAAAGUGUUUUACCCACGAAAGCGUGUUAAGUCUGUCCAAGCUAAUUUGUGACCACACUUUCCGAAUGUACCUUAAAACAAAGAAUUCCAUAAAAGCUGAAAGUGUCGUGGCUGAUUAGCUUGUGCAGACUGUACAUGCAAAUCUGGAACAACUCUACACUUAUGCAUUUAGCCCAGUUUUUAAAGACUUUAGAGUUGCACAUUUAGUUCACAUUACAUCAGCUUUACUGACCUUUUUGGAGAAAAGUUCUUAUUACCAAUCAGGAAUUUUGCAGUUUUUGACUGUUCAAACUGAGUUAAUAAAAUGCAUAUUAGAGUUGAUUUGAUAUCAGUUUUAACCAUAGGGGGUAAGGGCAUAUUUUCAUACUUUUUUGUUUGUUUUCACUUGUAUAUUAACCCCUUGCAUAAAUUAUACAAAAUACUGAUGUUUUAUUUAAAUAAAACAAUUAUUGAAAUGCAGGCAACAUUUAAAAAAAAUUAUCUGCAUUUCAUUUAUUAUUAGGUAACAAAAUUUAAUAUAUUUUUACAUAAAUUGAAAUUAAUCACCUGUCCAGGUUUUCAGUUUACAAAUAUGCCCCUGGAGUGAGAAUAUGAAGUGAAGAUAUUAAUUAAUUAUUGCCCCCGGCUAAUUGGGGUAUAUAGGAAUCACCUUGGACAGACGUCUGUCUCUCUUUUCAUAUGUCUGUGGGCGUUCACUUACAAUUCAACGUUAAGCAUUCAAACUUUCAGGUAUUGUUUAAUCUCAUACGUGGUUGUGCAUGUACAUUUUGUAUCAUAAUACUCUAAAAAUUACAAAACUUAGACAUUAUAUAACCUCAUGCUUCAUAGACUUGUGGCAUUGGGGGAUAUUCUAUGUAACAAUGGUUACAAAUUAUUGUUUGACUAGAUGUUGUUUUCUUCUAAGUAUUUUGAAAAAAAAGAGCCAUAUUUUGCUUUCGGAUUGAGUCAGCCUCAUAACUUGUUAAUUUAAUAAUUUAAUGGUUAUGAAAUAAUUUCUAUGGCCAUUCUCUCUCUGAUUCUAGUACGGCAAUUGUCUGUUACUGGCAUAAGUAUAUGUACUCAGUAAGGCCAGGAAAAGGUUAACUUAAUGACCACACUACUACGACUAAAAUGCAUUUUUGUGUGUGUAGGAUCAAUUUAAAAAAAAGAUAAAAUUCCAGUACUUUUUAGCUGUUUCCUACAGGACCCCGUACAAUUACAGACUGGUGCACAGCUGAACAACAGGCUCUCUCUCCUAAGCCAGGCCUGAACGCAUGGGGUCACUUUCUGUGUAUGGGUGGCCAAAUGUCAAACUAGUACCAAUCUGUGCCCAAAAAGCAGCCGUAGCCGUGGGGGGCAGGUUCAUGAUGCAACCGUGGUCUCAUUGCUCUCUGAACAUCUCUUUCCCAACAGCAACAGUACAGCAACAUGACCUGGGUCAUACCGUUGCCAGUUCAAGCUUAGAGGACCAUGUUCCCCAAAUCCAAUGUGGCCCUAUAUCUCAACAGCGACUGGGAGGUCAGGCUUGGAUCCUCACUCUUGGAGCAUUCUUAUAAGGAGUCCUCCAAAGACAUAAACUCUUCAAUUAUUUGACAACGCGGCAAUCAACAUGGUUCCAUUCCAGGAAUACCUCGCAGAGCUAAUGAACAGAGCCAGUGCGUAGAACAUGAUUUUUAGGAGGAACAGGAUCCUAGGCCCAAUAUCAACCUGGUUCGAAUCUCGCAAAGAUGUCCACCAGCCGCCCCCUAGCACAAGCCUCAUUAGCCCCAAUGUGUUGUUAUGAUGCCCCUGGACAACAGCUCUUGUCGGGCUCUUCCCAAUAGCAGUAGAUCAACAUGGCAUAUCAGCAUGAUGCCCCAUGGUACAACAAUUGUCACAGAUCUCUCUCUGAUGGCGCACAGCUUUACACGAAGCCAAACCAGCGCUUCAUAUUUAGCUACCAGCAGUAUCCAUGCAACCAAACCUUGAUCACUCAGCAACAGCUAAAUCAGGAGCAGGGAUGGAGUUAGCCGUUUUAACUUCUGCUCAGUUGUCUCUCAGAGCCAAUCGGCUUGCCGUGUUGCUUAGCCAAUCCACUACUUAUGUCACAGCACAAUAUCUCAUCCGGAUCCAUUCCACUGCUGGCGCAACAGCAGGUCUGUCCUCUGUACAGAGCCGUUUCUAUGACGAUGAAGUCCUACAACUCGCCCCAGUACUCGCUUUUGCGUCAGGGUCAGGUUCAAGGCCUCAUGGGCUUUGGUGGUCUGGGCAAGAUGGGAAUGUUAGACAGCAACAACAACAGUUAAGAAUAGAGCAACAGCAUAAUAGACAGACACAGCAGCCAUGGCCACAACACCAACAAUAGCAGUAACAGAUGAUGGCUUAGCUUCAUCAGCAACAGCAGCAGCAGGAGCAACAAGAUCUUUAAUCAAUGGGCCAUUUAGACGUCACUUUAGAAAUUCAGAAGAUCUUCAUGAAAGAACUCGGCUGUUUUCAGAGAGGUAUUUCCUGAGGUACUGUCAUAGCCAGCGACGGAGCCAUGAUAAAACCUUGACAUUUUGCUCCAAAAUCAAAGUGCUUCCACCUACAACUUUGAAACUUUAUAAUGUAGAUGCACCUUGAUGAGUUCUACACGCCACACCUGUUUUUGGGUCAUUAGGUCAAAGGUCAAGGUCACUGUGAAAACAAUAAUCUGACAAGCUCUCAUUUAUUCAAAACUGCACCCGCAUCCUAGCGUUGGCACUUGUUAUGUGGUGCUCUUGUUUAAUACAUUUAAUGCCCCCAAAGGAGGGCAUAUAGUGAUCGGACCGUCCGUCUUUCCGUCACACUUUGCGUUUACGUUUCUGCGUUUAGGUUUCAAAAAAUGCUCAUAACUUCUAUGUCUCUUCAGAAAGCAACUUGAUAUUUGGCAUGCAUGUGUAUUAAAUGGAGCUGCUCAUUUUGAGUGGUAAAAGGUCAAGCUCUUCCUUCAAGGUCAAAGGUCAAAAAAACAAAUCCAAGGGAAGUAAUAAGCUUCACAGGGAGACAAUUAUCUGUACCUGCCAAAUGAUAAAAAAACAAUUAAUAAAUCAAAGCGGCGCAUUAGGGGGCAUUGUGUUUCUGACAAACACAUCUCUGUUUUUUUAUUAUUCCUUACACUGUAUGUUUUGCGUUUCAAUAACAUAUCCAAAGAAUUGAUUUAAACAAUUAUGAACAAGUUCCUUUUUAAUUACAGUUUCAUCUUUUCAAGGUAACAAAAUGACUGCACAACAUCACAUGAGGACAAAAAUGGACAUGUCCUUUUAAAAAGUGUUCAUUUGUUUACAGUAAAUGAAUUACCUAUGGAACACGAAUAUAUUAAUGAAAAUCUACCUUUAAAUAUUAUUCUGUCAUUAAUAGUUAAAAAAGUAACAUCUGAACAUUGCAUCUAUGACUACAAUGAGGAGGUGAUACACCCCAAGAAAAGGGAGGAGACAAAGAAAUACUAUGAACAUUUUUAACAGCUUUACUUAAAAUUGGCAUAUAUGUUGUUUUUUUAAUUCAAACCUUAUUAACAAAAUUUGCAGUUGAAUGAAGAAUGUUUUUGGUGAAAGAAACCUCAAUAUCAGUGAUAGAUAUAAGACAUUGUAUUUUUUAAUGCAGUAAAAAUAUAUUAAUAAAAGCACUGUUUUUUGUGCAACAUCGUCAGCCAAACAUUGUCAGUUACUUUCCCUGACAAAUGAAAAUGUGUGUAGAAUAUCUACAAACAUGCGCCAUCAUAAAAUAUCAACAAACCUAUCUAUUAGCGAUGAAGAUUCACAAAUUAUGAUGCUUCAUUCCCAUCAUACUUAUGAAAAACAACAAUGUUUGACAUUUGAACACACACGUCAAUGAUGUCACAAUACACAUAUAUAAAAAGUUUUAUCUUUGCUGUCGUAUUUUUUUUUAUUGUACAUAGGAAUCAAAUACAAAGAAAGUUUGUUGCUUUUGGUGAUUAAUUAAAUACUUGUUGUCAAUCAUAGUUUUAGAAACUCGUGAACUUGUUGUUUUCUAUCGCCAAAAUCAUCAAAUAUCGUUUAUUUUAGUUUGAUUCAAGGAAUGACUACACAAUUUCUAGUAGUUUUCCAACUCCAAAUUUAAAUGCAAGAAGAUUGGUUUUGAUGAUAUCUGUUUAUUUAAGCUUGCUUACAUGUAUGUGAAAGCCUAUGAAUCUCUGAGACACUCAAGUCUGUUUACUGGGUGGAACCAUAACAUCGGUCCUGUACAUUUGUCCAAAAUAUGAUUGCAUUUUCUCUUAAACUAUUUGUUCCUUUUCUCAACCGACUUUUUUCCAGUAAACAUGGAUUGCAUGGCAUUGAGUUUGGUUUGGAAGCAGUUACUAUCGCAGAACUCGAGCCAGCAAAGGUCAUCCUCACAGGAAUCCAUUAUCUCCAUGGUGCAGGACCCACAGUCUAUGAAUAUUGUGGAGCUUGAACCUUGGACGCCAAUUGACAAAUCCAAACCGUCCAAUCAGAAACAGAAAGACAGUCUGUUGCAGCGGUUAGUCCAAUCUAGGAUGCUCAGUGAAAAACAUAAAUUAACACUUGCUAGUCUCUUAUUGCCUGCAUUGGCUGUGUUAAAGUCUUGCUGUCCGUUCUGUACACUUACAAUGGAAGCCCUCAUCUUAGAAUUUUGGGAUAGGUUGAAGCCCAGUGGCAUUGUGCAGACUAACAUUGCAGAAUGACAAAGAAGUACAAGCCCUGUGACCAGCAAUAAACUAAUGUGGCAAGCUAUGUUGUGUCAUGUGACCAGCCAAGCUGUGCGUAAAGAGAAAACUAUAGUUCGUGUCUUGUGGGAUUUAUGACGCUUUCAGUGAUUUGCUGUUAUAUGUUUUUGUGAUAUAUAUAGUUAAUUAUAAUCAAGUGAAGAUUACUUGUUUAAAGUAAUUAUGUAAAGUAUUCUUUUAAGUUCAAAAGAGUGCAAGCCUGUGUUGCUACUUUGUCUGUAUUCCGAAAGUUUGAUCCAGAUGUUGAUAAAACAUAGAACAUAAACUUAUUUUUUAUUACAUUGAUUUCAAACUUAAGCAAAGUUGUUUAAAUAGUAUUGUUAACUUGAAUAAAUUUUCAAACAUUUAUCGGCUUUUUUCAUGAAAUAAGACAAACUACAGUAUUGUUUUUGCCAGUAAUAUAGUAAGACGUGCUAGUUAAAGAAAUUGUUAAGAAAGAUUCAUGGACGCUUCUAUUUUGAUUUGCCUGUCUUUGUGUCUGUAUACAAUACUCAUCAGUUUGCACAUUAUAGUGACUUUUUAAACAAGAAUCUUGAGUAGUGUCAGAAAAUUAUAAAAGAAAAAUAUUAAUCAAUUAAGGACAAAAUUAUUUUAUCUUCCGUAAGCUGAUAAUAGACACAAAACCUAAAUUAUCAUCAUUUGAUGGAAGAUUAUUUUAAUUAAAUGAAAUUUGGAAGAUUAUCUUAAUUUGAAUUGUGAUGGAUUGUUAAAUGAUUAGAAACUAUCUAUUAUUAAGUGGAAUGCUUUUAUUUUUUUUUAAACUUAAGAUUUUAAUUUUUCUUUUAGUAAGCAUGCAUCAAGAUGACAUAACUUGUUAGUAAUUGCUCAUGAUUUGAUUUUCUGUAGCUAAUUGUAAAUGACACAAUUUGAAUUAUUACUUUAAUGUUUAUCGUUAGUUUUGAUCUUUGUAUUGGGACACAAUACUUCAUGAUGCUUUGUAUAAACUGUGCAUACUCAUAUACAAAAACAAAUUUGUAAGUGAGUAAAUGAGUGAAUAUUUUUACCAAGUCAAUAUAUAUUUACAUUGUGCCAUUGUGGAUAUUAAGCAAAACAAAUCAUUUGCUGGUGUCAAUUGUAAAAAAAAUCAUUUCGAUCAAUUAACUGUUUUAUGUUAUAAUUUUUUAUGUACAUCUUUUAGAUGCAAGGCAAUAGAAAGAACCUAAAUGGCAAA